GAUUGAUACGCGUUUUUAACUGAUUUCCCUCACUUGGAUGGUGUUUUAUCUGUACGCAUUCAAUAUUUCAUCAACAAACUGAUUCUUAAAUAAAGUAGUAAACGUCAAAAAAAUAAAACACACGCAACUCGCAGAAACUGUGUUGAACAAAUUUUUCAUAUGUUUUGGUCAUCAUUAAAUCACAAAACGUUUUUUAUUUUUCUUACGACUCUUCAUGUCGACGGUGUUGGAGUCGAAAACGUGUCUGUGUGUGACUUGAAAGAUUUAUAAACUUGUUAGCGAUAAAUUUAAACAGAAUUUUUUUGUUGGUUGGCCGUGUGAAUAAGUGAACCGAAUAUUAAUUGGAUUAUAUGGUGCACGACGUGUUUUGUGGGCUCUUUUUUGUGCUUGCUACAUGAAUCCGAGGUUUGCGUAAGAUUACGGCAAAUUUCUAAACAUGAAUAUCGUCCGAUAAAAAUAAGCACGAACAAAAAAUCGAAGUGAAAAAAAAUUAUAGACAUUUUUUCCAACCAAUUGUAUAUGAUUUGCCAUGUGUCAGUGAAUUUACUAUUACAUCGUUCAUGCAGUGUUCAUAAACUCAAAGGAAUAAGGAAUCGAAUCAAAGCCCGAUUCUCCCGAUUUUUUGUAUGUUGUUGUUAUUGCUUUCCAAAAUGUUGAUUUCAUUUAAAUGGAAUUGUAAAAUAUCGAGACGCACACAAUAUGAUUAAAUGCAAAAUGAUGGUUAAUGGUGUUUGCAUAAAACUGACAUGAAUUACAAAAUCAAUAAUGCUAUUGAACAGUACGAGAUUCAUUUGCUGAGACACAUACAGAGAUAGAAAGACGUAAAAUAUAAAAUUCACCACGAUGCCUUCCAAUACUGGUGGUUAUGUGGAAAAAAUCCCAAAACAACGCGGUCGCUGCACAAGUUGCUUAUGUAUGUCAUGGAAAGUAUUCACGUGUAUUUUUUCACAUUUUUUACUCAUCACAUCGGUGGUCUCAUAUUGUUGUAUGGGAUCGUAUUUAUUCCAAUGGCUCGAAGCCGAUUAUGAGAAAGAUAUGAAAAGUCAAGUCAAAUUUAUUCGUGGCAAUUUUUCGCUUCAAUUGUGGGAUUAUACACAAGGAGAAUUAUAUUUGCUAGAAGUCAAUUGGACGAAGCAUGCAUCGGAGAUAUUACUUGAUUUCGAAAAUAGUAUUCUUGAGAAAAUGAAACGAGAGGGAUGGGAUGGAGUUGAAAAUCCAGAACGAUUGCAAUGGACACGCAUGGGUGCAUUAUUCUAUUCUAUAAUUGUCAUUACAACGAUUGGCUACGGGCACAUUUCGCCAAAAACGGACGCCGGAAAAAUAUCAACAAUUUUUUAUGCGAUCGUCGGCAUUCCGUUGAUGUUACUCUGUUUAUCUAAUAUAGGCGAUAUUAUGGCUAGCAGUUUCAGGUUUAUUUACUGGCGUAUUUGUUGUUUUGUGUGCACUCGUGAGCCAAAACGACGUCCACGGCGGUCAGAAUUUCAGCGAUCGAUUUCUCAUAAUGCGUCUGCACGUUUCUCGAAUCGAGCCAGUAUGCGUCGAUCAGUUCGUGUGUCGCAGCGCACACAGGAUUCUGGCAUUGAUUCAUAUUAUGAUCCAAGAAUGUCGCACGCAUAUUCAGAUACGGAUUUGAGAUAUGGUGGUGAUGAUUUGGUAACAAAAAGACCGUCACACAAUCGAAGUCAACGAUUUAGUCGUUACAAGGAAAGAGAUCGCCUACGCCGUGAACGCCACACAGUUGAACGCGAGCGAAUGGUUGAUCGACCAUCAAGAAGUAGUAGACAUAACACCCAAUCAUUGGAUAGACGCUCUCAAGCGCGUGGCCAGAGUCAAAGAUCGGCCCGAGCACAUUCGAUGUCAAGAUAUGAAAAUAACCAUCAUCAAUCGAAAUUUGUGCCCGAUGUAAAUGUUCGCGAAUACACAAUGACACUGCCAGCUUCGCGAGGUCGACAUCGAUCACGGAUUAAUGAAAAACGAGCACAAUCCGUCGAACCACGAGCAUUAGGUGAUGUGCCAAUUUUGUGCAAUAAAUAUGCGAUCGACGAUUUCAUUCGAAGAGAAAGUCUGACAGAAGAGCGAGAACAACGACAGCAUAGAGAUAAUUAUCGUUCACGGUCAAUGCCUCGAUCGCAGAUAAAUCGAAAAAAUCUAUAUUCACCGUCACGUGAAGCAUCGCCGGAGCCAAUACCAAAACGUUUGCAAGCAAGUGAGCGAAAACGAUAUCUGGCACCACCUUUACCUCCAGAUGUGCUCGAUGAAGAAGAGUGCAUUGAAUUAGAGGUGCCCACAAGACGGCACAAGAAACGUGAAAAACGCGAACGAAAAGAGCUACCACCAAGUCCACGUAUAAUGAGUCCAAUGGGUUUUGCAAUUCACAGACAAGCCCGAUUAAUGGAAACAUUCGAUGAGGAAGCCGGUUACGAAGAUGAUUACGUUGAUCAUGUUGCAGGCGAUACACCGGUUCGACCUGUACCGAUUUGGCUUUGCGUUUUUCUUGUCAUCGGUUACAUAAUAGCCGGUGCAUUCUAUUUUACGCAAACGGAGGAGUGGACUUUUCUAGAUUCCGCCUACUUUUGUUUCAUCACACUGACGACCAUCGGAUUUGGAGAUUUCGUUCCAGCACGCAGUAUUCAAGACUUAAAUCAGACGAAAUUGACGGAAUUGACGGAAUUGACGGUAUCCACGCACAACAAUAGUCUUUUCCUAACAGAACAAGAAAUUAAAAUUGCCGGAUGUUCGUUGUAUUUAUUAUUUGGUAUAAGUUUGCUCGCAAUGAGCUUCAACCUCGUUCAGGAAGAAGUAAUUGCAAACGUUAAAAGUUUUGGACGAGCACUGGGUAUACUCAAAGAAGAAGAUUCUGAUUAUUGAAAUUGAAUCGAAAUUGCAUUUAAAUAGUUAGAAUCUAACCAGAUUUUUUUAAGUUGAAAUUAAUUCGGAAGAUUGAAAGGUGUUGUUGAAAGACGAAUCGAAAAAUUGUAUGACACAAUCUGGAAAGAUUUAUGUCAAUUUAUGACAACCUUUGCUUGAAUUAGGCUAACUAAUUUAUUUUUAAGAAGAAGAAAAAACAUAGAAAUGAAUGAUGGUUGGCUAAUUUGAAGCGGUUUGGCGCCUUUUCGAUUCAUUUUAUCACGAAAAGCAACACAUAUAAAUAUUGAUGAUAUUAUUUAAUGUGAAUCUUAACAGUUAACACACAAACAGAUCUAAAUUUAGCAACUGAACACGUUGCACAGCAUCAUAAAGUGAAAUUUGGCAGCUAACAAAACAUCACAGUUAAUUUAUUAUGUAUUUUUCAAAAUAUAGACAACAUUUCCAUUUGGCUUGGAGAAUAGUAAAGGUGCUCUUUCGUGCGCAUAUCUCAUGUAUAACUAAAACAACUCUCGCUCUGAUAGUAAUUAAUUUAUUUAUUUAUAGAGUUGUGGUUUGAAAGGCCAUCUAAUAAAUUCAACGAAAUAAAAAUUCAAACAUUUCAUUGUGAAUCAUUCGCUAAAUACUUUGAAUUCUUUUUAUCUGUGAAUGUAGUAGGAGAAAAUAAAUAAGAGAAUUUGUAACAAUUUUAACAUUGUAUUUUUGUGUUAGUCUGUUAGAAAUGAAAAUAUGUAUCAACUGAAGUUGUAUUUAGGAUGAGUCUAGGGGGUAGACACAUGGAAUAUUACUUGAGAUAUUCACCGAAAUUGAAGGUAUUCUUGGUAUUCUUGGUAUUCUCAGUU